GCUGUGUGUUCCCCUUUAAGGCUUUAACACAUUCAUAGAGAGAAGAAACAAAGCGAGAGCAUUCCAUUGUUGUUAUAUUGUAUUGUAGCCGGAGAAGAAGAGAAGAGAUAGCGGCGAAGAAAGAAAGAUGACGGAGGCAUAUAUAAGGAAGAAGCCCGGGAUGGCGAGCGUGAAGGACAUGCCGGUUCUCCAGGACGGUCCACCACCAGGCGGGUUCGCUCCGGUCCGGUUCGCCCGGCGCAUCCCCAACAAGGGCCCCAGCGCCGUUGCCAUCUUCCUCACUGCUUUCGGCGCUUUCUCUUGGGGCAUGUACCAGGUCGGCCAGGGCAACAAGAUCCGAAGGGCACUGAAGGAAGAAAAGUAUGCUGCCCGCCGAUCCAUACUGCCUGUGCUACAGGCUGAAGAGGAUGAGAGAUUUGUUAAAGAGUGGCAUAAAUAUCUCGAGUAUGAGGCAGAAGUGAUGAAGGAUGUGCCUGGUUGGAAAGUUGGUGAAAGUGUGUAUCACUCUGGGAGAUGGGUGCCCCCAGCAAGUGGUGAGUUGCGUCCUGAUGUAUGGUGAUGUUAUUUCAGCCAUCUCUAUCUGCUUCUUUCAUUACAUGCUGCUGGUACUUUUGUCCAGUCUCUAAAUUACAUGCUGGUACUUUUGUCCAGUCUCUUAAAUAAAUUUGUAUCUGGAACAUUUGUAACUGCUUUGUGAAAUUUUAAAACAAGAAUGCAUUUUGAAUUUGUACUUCAUGUGACAAUGGCAAUCCAACCUCUGAUAUAUACCAUUGUAUGAAUGCGCAUUCUUGGCAUUGGAAAUUGUACUGUA